AAUGCCCUGUGAAUACGGGUGCCGUUUUAUUAUAUUUUAGUGGUGUUUAGUGGAGCCCAUAGAUAUGUGAUAGAUAAGAGAUUAAGAGCUACAAAAUUAACAUUUGCUAUAAAGCGUCAAAUUACUAAAAACAGCAAAAACACAACCUCAAAGAUUGCAAGAAAAAAGGCGGUUAAAUUUCACUAUCGUUAUUAAUUGUUAUUAAUUAAUAACAAGAUUUAACAAUAAAUGUAGUUAACAUACAUCAUUUUAAACAUGAAUGAAUUAGAAGAUUCACACUGCGAGGUUCGCCAAGUUCUCAAUUUACAAAAUUGUGAUAUCGAAAAUUUGUUUCAAACACCUGAAGAUAAAAGAACUUUAUCCGGCUCAUCAACCUUCAAAAAAACCUCAACGUGGAGUAACAACUGUCUGGGUGGCUUUUUCGAUGAUUGCAGCUAUGCGUGGCUAAGUUGUCAAUCACGUUUAAUUAUAUUUGACGUAAAGACUGGAGUAAGUGUUAGUUCAUGGACAUUUCGUGAUCGAAUAACAUGUGUCGCACAGUUCCCUUCAUUGACUGGACAAGUUCCUCUAAUUAUCGUUGGUCUUGAUAAUGACGCAAGUCGAAUCAAGGAGUCAAGUGGCACACUAUGCAUCUUCAAUUGCACCAUAUCUCAAGUACUCAGAGCCAUACGUCUACCAGCUGGUGUUGAAAAAGUCACAGUGCUUAAUGGUGGUGCAGAAUCGGAAGAUUACGCCGAUAGACAUAUAAACACUUAUCCUAUUGAGGCAAAUGGUAUUGUUUGUACUGCUGUACGGAAUCUCAAUCAUUUCAUGAUUGAUUUGCAACGUGAUUCCUGGGAGAAUGUUAAUAAUGCAUCAUUGUUAGUUAACGAUGAAUCUAAUCCAAUCUCAAUCUACAUUUCAAAUGAUGAAAAUUCAUUACAAUCACCAUCAAAUGACAGAAAAAAACACUUGUCAUUCAAUCUGUUGAAUAAACGAUUGGAAAAAUUCAUUCAAUUUGAUCGUGAUGAUUUUGAAUCUUAUCCAUUAUCUGAUAACACAAUAACAAGUGCAAUGAUAUAUUCUCGUAAAAUUGGCUGCAUUAUUUCUGGUGUUUUUGGGCGGAUCAUUAUUUGGCAAAAUAGCGGUGUUGUCAGGUGGAUCAGUCCAGCAAUUGAGGCGAACAUAUCAAUCAGUCAUUUAGCAAUACUCGAACCAACUGAUGACCCACGACCAUUCUGUUAUCUUUGGGUUAACUAUCAAAACGAUCUUGCCACUUCCUUGUCACAAAAUCCAAUCCAGAAAAUGUAUUCAAUGCUUUUUGAGCGUAAGUACUCUGAUAAAGGCGCAAAUUAUUAUUUCAAUCUUGAUGGUGAACCAGCUCUAAAAUUCCAAUUACAACUUAACGAUGACAGUAGAAUAAUUAAUCUUUGUCCAAUACUUAGAAACAGUAGUCAGGAACAGUGUGAGUCUGGUAAUAAGCGUGGAGAAGAGAGUAUCUUAAUGAUUGCUACUGGAAGUACAACGUAUUUGUUCGAUUUGAAUCAAUGGUACAAAGAACAAAUGCCAAGAAAAAUCAGUGAGUGUGAUAAUGUCAAUGCAAUUAUUGCAAGUUAUCAGACAUCAAGUGAUCCAUUAGGUGAUAGUUUUAUUAUCAAUUGUUCGUAUAUGCCAAACAGUUUACGUGAAUUUUCUAAGACUGGUCAAGGUUCACCGGAAGAAUUUUUAUUUCCAAAUUCAUUGGCAUUGGAAUGGCUUGAAUUACACAAUAAUCGUAUUAUUGUUUGGUUAACACGUGGUGUUCAAUCACAAAUAUUACGUGAAAUGUCAAUGUCAGGACCGAUCAUUAUCAUACAGCCAACAGAGACUUAUUAUCGCUGUCUUUCUGCUGGACUUAUUGCAUCUACAAACGAUGUAUCGAAUUCAAAUGUUGACUAUCAACGUGAGUCACUACUAACACUGUGUCUUGAACAAAAAUGGACUACAUUUUUUUUUAAAUGUGUGAGGGAGUGGUCUGAUGGCAGUGCUGCAUAUCUUUUUCCAGCUUUUUUGCGCUGGGGUGUUCAACAAGCUUCAACAAUUAAACUCACAGCACAUCGGCUCUGUAUUCCAUUGUUUGAUCAAUCUGGCAUAGGCACUGGCGACGCUGAAAUCAAAAUUCUACGAUCUUUUGCACAGCAAAUGGAAUGCCUGUCAAAUGUUCUUAAAUGGAUUUCUAUGAAUUGUGAAAACAUUGAUCAACAAGAGCAACAACAACAACAACAACGUGUCCUCCAAAGAAUAUCAACAUAUCUUGAUAUUUUACUCUGGUUUUAUGACGUUGGAUUGCUGCCCGAGACAAAUGAGCUUGAUGACGAAUCAUUGCCAAUGUCAUUUAACUUUAGAAUACCAUAUCCAGUUGAUAGGCUAACAGCCAUGUAUGCUGACCGACGGCUUCAGUAUUCUCAAAGUGAAUAUGAAUGCAAUAGUGAUGAAAAGACAAAAAAUUUAUUUAUUGAUGAAUUAAUUGUGCGUGAGUGUCCGGCAUUGAUGUCUCAAUGGGAACGGGAAGGCUGUGAAACAACUCAGGUAUCGUCUAGCUACUAUCCACCACCGUCACUUCAGUCAUUACUACGAAGUUGUUUGACCGAUUGUUAUUAUCCCGACACAAAUGAAAUCGAGAACAAGCACCAAGUUAUUAUCUAUCUGCUAAUGGAUCUUGUUAUGCUACUUCAAGGUUCAUUUCCCGGUGUCGAUCAGCUCAUUAAGUAUCCAGCAGCCUUUAAGCUCAGUCCAAGUUUGAUAAAAAUAAUCCAGGCAUUCUGGCUACUUGAUCAUCAAGAUUAUCAAGGAUUUAUGGACAUAAUAACAGGACAGUUAGUAUCUGAUUCAGACGUCAAAGACUGGCACCAUCGAUUGAUUAUCAGAACUCUUCUUAAAAAUUCACAGAAUAAAUUAGCAUUAACAUACCUCAAAGUGAGAAAACCACCGUUGUCAUCCAUUGAUGAUCAAAGUGUCCUUGUCUCGCUGUCAGUUGAGUUUGGCUUAAUUCAGUCAGCAUUUCAUUCUCGACCACCAUCACACUAUAACCAAUUGUUAAAUAAAUUUUUUCAUUCAUGUCGUGAUAGUGGACGUCUUAAUGAUAUUCUACUUCUCUCACUUGAUCCAAUCGAAGAAAAUGCUUUUGUUAAAUUUCUUGAAGAACAAAAAUAUGACGAUACACGUUUAUUUUAUUAUCUUCAGCGUUGUCGUUACACCGAGGCAACAGGUAUCAAUCCUAUGAGCAAUCAGUCUAGUCGGGCUGAUGAUAGAAUCAACAAAUCUGCUUCUCUGAUGAUGUAUAAUGCCUACAAUUUAACACUACCUGAUAUAACCCGAAAGUUCUCAUCAUCAAGUUUCUUACGGCAGAGUUUGAGUGGUUAUACAAACAUACGAAGUUCAUUACAUCCAAUGACACAUUGUCAAAAUCGUGUAAACAGACGCGACAUACAUGAAUCUGUCGUGAGAAAAGCAAAAGAAUUGAAUCAUGAAAAAUCACGAAUUCCAUUUAUCAGUGCUCCAUGUAUGUCAUUAAAGUUACCAUCAAAAACACAGGACAAAAAUAGCAUACUGUUCCUUGAACCUGAAAAAAAGUCACUGCGGAAGCGUCCAUUGGAUCAAGUAACAAAGAAUGACAAUGUCCAGAAAAAUGAUAAAAAAGGUGUAAAAAAACGACGAGUCGUGCAAGAUGACCAUGAUCGUCAUGAUGAAAUAUAUAAAAAAAAAGUGGAUAUCAGUAUUACAUUUGAUACUCCAAUAAUUAAGCGUAAAAAUCAAUUGACUAGUUCAAUAAAUCAACCAAUUGAAAAACCACAAUCUAUCCUUAAAACACGUCAAAUGUUAAAAGACACAUCACCGUCAUCUUCUUCAGUUACAAGUGAAAUACAGAGCAAAGAAGAUAAAGGAAGAAAACCACGUCAAAUACGAUUCAGUAUUGGUCAAGUCAAUGACAUUGAUACUCAAAGUAUUUCAGUAAACAAUAACGGAACCAGUGAUCAAAAAUAUAAUGACAAUGUUGAUGAAUUUAUUGCUGAAAAACUUCAGGAGACAUUUGAAGAAGACGAAGUAAACCAAGGUAAUACCUUGAAUACAACAAGUAAAUCUCUCUAUCAAAGUACAGUUUUAUCUGAUAAUUCAUGCUUUGAAAUAUCUAUAUCUAAACCACGACCAAAACUACGAACAUCAAGUGCGAAUAAUCUACUGAGAAAAUCAUUGAACCAAAAUUUUUUCAAUAAUCUUCAAUCCACAAAAUUACUUGAUGAUUCAAUACCUGAUAUUUCAAUGAUGACCAACGAUGUUAUUACAAGUUCUCCUUUAGAAUCACAAGAACAGAAAUCAUCACAUUUAUCUGAACUUAAUACAUCAGUUUGUGCUUCAACGAUACUUGAUUCUGACAGUAAUUUUGAAUUUUCGCCAGUAAAUAAUAAGCAUGAAAAUCAAAAUAACGAGAAUUUCACAUUGCAGCCAACAAACUUAUUUGCAUCAAAUGCUGAGACACAAGAUGGUUGUCAACUUGAGAUUACUCAAGAUCAUGGUGUAGAAUUAUCUCAAGAGGCAGAUAUAAAAUUAUCUAUUGACGAAGUUACUAAUGAUAAUGAUGAUGAGUAUCGUAGUCUAUCAGCUUCUUCAGAAAUACAAGAAAAUGUUUCACAAGAGCAAGUUCCAGAGAAUCAAACUAAACAGAACAUGAAUUCAGAAAUAAUAAAAAAUGAACAAAGUUUGAAUUCAUCACUCAUUUCUAAUCAUAAUCAAAUAAAAAGCAUAGAAUCCAAACUACUUUUUAAUGAGGAUAAGUACAUGAGUCAACCAAUAUUAGCUGAUCUUAAUCAAGAUGAUAAAGUAAUAAUGAAUAAUCAUGUUACCACUCAUCAGUCGGCUAACUCUGAUCACAAACCAACAGUUUCCACGUACGAAGAAGUGGAUAAUGACGAUAUAUUUGAAAGCUUCAAUAAUUCAACAGACAUAGAAAACAAUGAACUACUAACACUGUCAUUUCAUAAUAAUAGUACCGAACAAGAAAUUGUAAAUGCCGUAAAAAAAUCGGCUGCAAGUCAAUUUUUCGAAUCAUUUAAUAUCACCGAUGAUGAGUCAUCUAUAAGUCACGAUGAAAGCGUGAGCACAAUAAAUUUACAGCAUCCAAAUACAAAAGACAUUAUAAUUAACAAAGAAGACGGGAGUCUUGAGACAAUUCCAGAGUAUAUUGUUGACUCAAGCACUGAUGAUAUUCUCCUUUCGGAUACGUUGAAAACUGUUACCGCUACAAUUGAUCAAAAAACCAAUAAUGUAUAUAAAAAAAACAGCCAGAAUGCCAUUAAUGACACAAAAAAUCUUUCUACAUUUGAAAAAGAUAACGAAAGCAAAAUUGAAGAAUCAAGUAUUCAACAAUUAAGCGCUAUUGUAGAGACUAAAAUCGAAUCUGUAGUUGCAAAAGAUAGUGAAACCCUACUGAAUAAAUCAAAGACUGAACAACUGUCAUUACAUUGCACAGUGAAAACAAGAAGGUCAUCUUCAGUUGCGCCACCGACCGUUGAACCUAUUCUUAAAUCAUCGAGUUUAGAAAUUCAGAGAAACAGACGUGCAUCAUCACUAGCUGCUGAAACAAUUAGCUUAAGUAUUCCCACAAUUUCUUUAAAAAAUGAUGAAGUUAUCAAGACACCAACAAAAAGAGGAAGGCCUCCCAAGUCUUCGCUCAUGAAAGAAGUAUUAACAUCAUUUGUAUCAUGUGAUGAAACAAUCUCAGACAUUUCUGAUUCAUCAUCCAUAAGACGCACAAGACGUGGAACAUCAGUACAAGAAGAAUUUUCUGAAAAAUAUACAAAUAAAAAUAAUAAAAAUGAUAAUAGUUAUGAAAUUGAAAUAAUUCGUCCAAAAAGAACACGAGCAGCAUCGGUGAAUAAAGAUAAAUUAGUUCAAGAUACUGAAACUAAUGAUAAAAAUGAAAAACAAUUAAAACGACAAAUAAAAAGAGCAGUUGUUUCCAAAGAAUCUGAUUAUAAUGAUAUGAAAAUUGUUGAAAUGAAAACAAAAAAAAUACGAAGUGCUUCAAUAUCAAAAGAUAUUUUAGAUGAUGGUGAAAAUUCAAUAAAUUCACGAAAAACUCGUUCAUCAUCAGUAGCAAAAGAUGAAUCAGCAAUGAGUGUCCGACCAAAACGAAAACGUGGAAACUCAGUAUCACAAGUAAUUGAUGAUAUUCAUGAAGAAAAUAUAAUCUCGUUAAGGCAAAAACGUGCAUCAUCAGUGACAAACGAUGAAGUUUUAACCCGAACGAGAAAACGAACUGGAUCAUUAUCAAAAAAAAAUGAAAAAAAAUUGAAUGACUCGACUACGGUAAAAAGCACCAAAGGAAGUUCGUUGUCUAUAGAUAUUUUGAAUAUAACCAAUAAAGACUGUGAGACAGGUAAUACAGAUAGAAGAAUUACAAGAGGUCGAUUAAGACGUGGAAAUAGUUUUUUAAAAGAAGUCAUUGUUGAAGAAGUCAUUAUUGAUGAUACUGAUGAUACUCUGCAGAAAAAUAGUGAUUUACUUUUAAAAGAAAGUAUGAGAGUAGACCUAAAAUUGGUUCAACAAAUUCCCGACGACAAUCAAAAAUAUGAAAAAACUGUUAUCGAUACAAAAAAAGGAAUCAAGUCACGAGAAAUAAGAAGGCAUAAAAGAGCAGUGAGUGUUGAUAGCUCACAAAUAGAUGUAACAGCAAAAACACGUAGUAAAAAUGGUGUUAAGGUUGAUCCAAUUCAAGAAGAAGAUGAGAGUGAUAUUAAUUGUAAGGUUGAAAAAAAAAUUGUCAGGAAAAAGCGUUCUAUAUCUGAAACAAAGGAACUUAAAAGUCAGUCAAUUAUUACUGAAAAACCACAACGCAUCAAAAAAGCUUUACAAAAAAGUAUUGAUAAUGAUGAUAAUGUUUUUUAAUUUUCAACGUUACAAUCAACAAAAGAUGCAUCCAGUGAUAAAGCAAGUAAUAAUCAUCAAUAUCAUCGCUUGAAAAAUUAGUUAAUUUAGAAUCAGUCAAUUAAAUUUCACUAAGUUUGUUUGAUAGAUAUCGUAGAGUCAUCUGAUCUUACAUUUUCAUCUCCACUAACGAGGUUUGAUCAUUCAAAUAUCAGCCAACCUCGUAGGUAUAACGAAGAUGAGAUUCCCAAUUUGCUUUUUUUUAUUGCUUUGAAAAACUAAGCUUAAUAUUUGUUUGCCUUCAUUUUUUGUUUAUUAAAAAUAUUUUGAUCAAUUUGUUAUUUUUUCAGGGAAAUAAUAAAUUUCAGUCGACCAUUGACGAAUGAUGAAAAAAAAUUAGUAGGUUCAAAUAAAGACGUUACAAAACAACUAAAGUGUCAAA